AGAAUGCAUAAUCAGUGCCUGUCAGCCUGUGGAUUGGUUCUCAUGAACUGAUGGAAGUCCCAGCAGCCUGCUUGUUAUAUAUGCUGGUCUCUGGUGUCUUCACUUGUGCAGCCUAACGACGAGCAGCUAAUUGUAGCUAGCGAAGCCCCAGUUUGUGACGAGGAGCUACAGCCAGGGGUGGCUGAACUGCAUGCUCAUGGCGAUGGAGGAGAACUUGUCGUGGUGGCCGCUGCCGGCAUGGAUGAGCCCCGGCGCGGCGCUGUUCCUGUUCUGCAACGUGCUCGUCGGCGCCAUCGUGGUCACCUCCCGCGGGGGGCAGGGCGCGUCCACCACGCGGAGGCUCUGCCGCAGCGCGUCGUCCAUGGUCCUCGGCCGGCUCCGGUCCUUCACCAUGUUCUCCGUCCUCUUCGAAGAGGGCUACCACCCGUCCCUGGAACUGGAAGCCGAGGAGGAGCAGCAUCAACCGGCCGUCGCGGAACCAGCGAGCGCGGCCGCCGCCACAGCAUCGACGACGUCCGAGAGCGCCGCCGCUGAGGAAGUGGCUGGAGGCAACGGGAAGGACAACAUGCCCGUCUGCUCGGAAGAGGCUCAUGGGCCGGCAAGGCUAUCGUCACCGCCAUCAGUUGCUGUCUCCGCCGCCGCCGCCGAGGCAACAGCGGCAGCGGAGCGGCCGGCGGCGACGGUGGCGGAGUCGAUCAUGCAGCGCGCGCGAGCGUGCCGGCGGGAAGUAGUGGAGGAAGCGCUGGAGGGGAAAGCGGCGCUGAACGCGCGGGCGGAGCUGUUCAUCCGGCAGUUCCGGGAGGACCUCAAGCUGCAGCGCCUCAACUCCAUUGUCAACUACACCCGCGCGCUCCGCCGCGGCGCCGGCGCUGGCCCGGCAACGGCCGCCGGCCAGUAGAUGUGCUUGCACGCCUCCGGUGGGCAACUGUUUUGUUUUGUUCCUGCACGAGAGUAUGAGAACACAAAUUUGAAUUUCGACGUUUGUAAGCAAGGUUUGCCUAUUAUAUAUGGGUAAAAAAGUUCUCUAUA